AUGUCCGAUAGCGAUUCGGACGAUCUCUACUCUAAUUAUACUUCAAGACGUUAUAAUUCUCAUUUUACAAAACCCAGUGGUGCUAAUGGUUUAGAACCAGAUAGUUCAGAUUCAGACGAAGAUGAUGAUGUACAAGGUAAGGCGAUAAUGUAUAAUUUAGAGAACAUAAUUGAACAUUUCAGAGGUGGAACCAAUCAGAAAUUCUAUUAAACGACAAAGACUUAUCGAAUCGUCCGAUGAGGAUACCGAUGAUGAAAGUGUUGCAAUUUUGAAUAGAGUUAGUUUGGCAUUUCCUAUUUUUGAGAUUUGUUCAAAACAUUAACCAUUCAGGCAAAGCUUCAAACUCACGAUGAAUACAUCGAAGAAUUAUGCGAAAAGACUGCCAGUGGUAAUAUUUAAAUACACAUUUUCAUUUUUCAACGCUCUAAUUUUCCAGAAUAUUAUCGAACAAUUAAAAAGAAGACUGAAGAGGAAAGUAAAAAUGAUGUCUUUCUUGACCAACUUCGCCCAAAAGUUCAAGUUGAAUCAGGACAAUUUACUAGAGCAAAAAGGAUCAUUGAUGAGAUUGGUGAAGCUUGGAAAUCAAAAACUCCUGAUAUCUCAAUAUUGAGCAAUGAUGAACCUGAACAAUCGUCAUCUUCUCUACCUUGUACUAUUGAUGUGAUGGAUUUGGAAAUUAUACGAAAUGGAAUAUUUGGAAUUGAUAUUUUUCUGUCAGAUAACUUUGAGAAUAUUCGUGAAAUUCUUGCAGAAAAAUGGGGUAUUCCAAUAGAAGACGUUCUUCUUCAUUACAACGGACAAGAAAUUAUGCCAGAGCAUACUCCAAAUAACCUAGGAUUCAUUGCACUUCAACAUCCUCACCCAGUUUUCCAAGCUUCGAAAAAACUAGCCCCAAUUGUUCAACCAAAUUCAAAUGGCAUUAUAGAUCUUGAUGAUUAUAAUGAACCGACUCGAAAAUCAAAUAAAGACGUGUCGGAUGGUCUCAUUGGAAUCAAGUUUCAAUUGGCUUCUCGUAAAAAACCUGUUGAAAUUCGGGUUAAAAUUGAAACAACAAUUGAUGAACUCAAGGAUUUGUUAUGCGCUGAUUUGGGAGACAGUGUAGAUAAACAAAAGGUUAGUCGUUGUAAUAAUGUUUAUUUAUCUUUUUUAUCAUACAAGUUUCGUUUAAAACUUUAACUUUUUAUAAUUGCUUAAAAAACGGACUAACAAUUGUUAGGUCCGUGUGUUUUUGCAAAAUGAAACACAAAGUUGUUCAGAGAUUGUUGUAAGCAAAUUCUAUCUGUCGCUUAUCAAAAGUUCACUCGAAUUGAUAAGACGCAGUUGUUUAUUUUUUUUAUUUUUCUACAAUUUUCAUUAGUUUAUCUAGGAACCAAAGAUUAUUCUUUUAGUGUUUAACGAUUUGCAAAAUUAUUUUAUUUAAAGAUGCGACUGAUGUUUGACGACGAUAUUUUGACUGAUGGUUCUCAAACCUGCGAUCAAAUCGGUAUCGAAAAUGGCGAUUGUAUCGAUGUUUAUUAA